AUGGCUAAAUCUCGUGGAACAAAGACUACUGAAUUCCGCGAUGUUGGAGUGAGCACCGAGGAUCAGAAGUUCUAUGGUGCUUGCCCACAUUUUAAAGAAAACAAGCUAAAUAUACACGAUAUGGUGGAUGUGUGGCAAACUGUAUAUUAUCAAGCAGCGGAGAAGGUGCCCUGUUUCAAAAUUCUCAUUCGUACACUGAGUACCAUUGAGAGAAAGUUAAAUGCGCAGAAAUAUGGAUCAUUUGAAAACAAAGUAUUUUGGGAUAAUUGUACGCUGGAGAUCAAAUCGGAUACAACUGCUAUGAAACAUUUCCUGCAAGAGACGUCUUUAGAUCAUGGGAUUUUACUCAAUGUGAUCAUAGAGUUUGGAAACGCAACCAAACUGGUCAAUGAAGGCCCAGACCAGUGGUUUGUUCAGAAGAACUUGCUGCUAAUGAAAGACUGUAGCUCUGGUGAUGUGGUCGUCUUCGCGAGGGUACCCUUCUUGCCAAGGAAGGACGUGAUCAUGGAGGGUUUAAAGCUAACCAGCGACAGUACGAGUGGCAAGUAUACCUGUGUGGAUCCAGCUUCCAGCUCCCGCGAUAAAGAUAUGGAAUUUGAGAUUUUUAGUGAUAUGAAUGAAUUUUUUUGA